AUGAUGGCUCAGUCAGAUUUAGAUCUGAAGGAGGCCUCUUUGAAAGAGGAUUUGAAGUUCUACUUCAUGAACCCAUGUGAAAAAUACAGAGCAAGACGUCAAGUACCAUGGAAACUGGCUUUGCAGAUUUUGAAGAUACUUAUGGUUACUACACAGCUUGUUUUUUUUGGUUUGAGUAACCAGCUGGUGGUCUCAUUCAAAGAAGAAAACACUGUUGCUUUUAAACACCUAUUCCUGAAAGGCUAUUCUGGAGUUGAUGAAGAUGACUACAGCUGCAGUAUAUAUACACAACAGGAUGCUUAUGAUAGCAUUUUUUAUGUUAUUAACCAGUACAGGCAAUUAAAGAAUGUAUCCCUGGGGACCCUUGGUUAUGAACAUGAAGGAUCAGGUUUAAAAAUCUGUAAACAACAGUACAAGAAAGGCACAAUGCUCCCUUCCAAUGAUUCACUGGACAUAGAUGUUUCUACUGAAACAGAAUGUAUCUUUUUAAAGCCAGAGUUGCUAGCUGGUAAGAAGGCUGAACUGAAGCUGAACUCCUCUUUCUUUAAUCUUGAAUUUUACAGGCUUAUAGAGGUUGAAAUCUCCUUCAAGCUGAAAGGCAUUGCCCUACAGACCAUCCAUGCUCGUGAAUUGCCUGACUGCUAUGCAUUUCAAAAUACUAUAACUUUCAAUAACAGAGCCCACAGUGGAAAAAUCAAAAUCUAUUUUGACAGUGACACUGAUAUUCAAGAAUGCAAAGACUGGCACAUAGUUAGCUCUGUUCUCCAGAAGAACACUCAGUAUAUUCUAGUCUUCGAUGGAUUUGUCAUUUUAAGUUGCUUUGCUUCUCUCAUCCUCUGCACACGAUCCAUUAUUCUUGCCAUGAAACUACAAAAGAGAUUUGUGAACUUCUUCUUGGAGAAAUAUAAGCGUCAUGUCUGUCAUGCUGAUCGCCUGGAGUUCAUAAAUGGAUGGUAUGUCCUGGUAAUUAUCAGUGAUGUGAUGACAAUCAUCGGGUCAAUCCUAAAAAUGGAAAUAAAAGCCAAGAACCUCACAAGUUACGAUGUCUGCAGCAUUUUACUUGGAACAUCAACUUUGUUUGUCUGGGUUGGAGUCAUCAGAUACCUGGGAUACUUUCAAACCUACAAUGUGCUCAUUUUAACUAUGCAGGCAUCAUUGCCCAAAGUGCUAAGGUUUUGUUGUUGUGCUGGGAUGAUUUAUCUUGGUUAUACUUUCUGUGGUUGGAUUGUCCUGGGACCUUAUCAUGAAAAGUUUGAAGAUCUGAACACUGUGGCUGAGUGUCUAUUUUCUUUGGUCAACGGUGAUGAUAUGUUUGCAACGUUUGCUCAAAUCCAGCAGAAGAGCAUGCUGGUGUGGAUGUUCAGCCGGUUGUAUCUGUACUCCUUCAUCAGUCUGUUUAUAUACAUGAUCCUCAGCCUUUUUAUUGCACUCAUUACUGACUCCUAUGACACCAUAAAGAAAUACCAGCAAAAUGGGUUCCCAGUAACAGAUCUUCAUGAAUUUCUGCAAGACCAUGGCAGUGCUGGUUACAGAAAAGAACAGACUUCCAUGCCACUUGUCUGCUGCUGUGGGAGACAACAGAGUGAUGAAAACUUGAUACUUAUUAAUUGA